UAGUAGUAGCCCGGUUUUGAUGGCCAUUUGUUGUUACGGUAGUGAAGCUGUUAUUAUUUCCAUCUGUGAGGACACAACUCUUGAUCAAAUAUUCAAGGAAAUAGUGGAAAGGUGGAGACAUUUAUCUUCUACAAUGAUAGAAAUUAAGUUUUAUAUUCCAAACAAAUCUAGAAUGCUUGUUACGCUCAUGAGCGAUAAAGAUGUUCAUAACAUGCAUCAAAUACAUGUGAACUUAAAUGCGGCAGUGAUCGAGAUGGUUGUUACUCAUUCUCCAAGCUUGAUCGAAGCUGCUGAUGUGGUAAUCAAUACCAGUGGCUCAUCCCAUGGUGCUGAAAUUAGUUGGAGAUCCAAAAAUAUUUCAAAGAGUAGCUCAAGUAAUUUUGUCCAAGUUGUUGAAGAGACGAGAGCUGCAAUUGAAUAGGAAGGAAGUCAAAGAAAUUCGUUGGAUGCUUGGAAAAGUUGUAUAGAGGGCGUUGGUCAGGAGUUCAGGAAUGUCGAAACUCUUCGUGACAGCAUUCGCAACUUUUGUAUCGCAAAUUGCAGAGAUUUUGUAUUCAUGAAGAACGAUCGUGAGCGAGUUACUGUGGAAUGUGCAUAUGAAGAAUGUGAAUGGCGUAUCCAUGCUUCUCGACUUGGUAAUGGUGAAAAGUUUGCAAUUAAAAAAAUGAACGGUAACCAUACAUGUGGAGGAGGGAUGCAAGUCCGGUCGCAUCCGAAGGCUUCAAAACGUUGGGUUUCGAACAUUGUUAAAGAUAAACUUCAAGAUAUGCCAUUAUAUAAGCCGACUGACAUUGUAAAAGAUAUUCGUCGGGAAUAUGGUGUUCAAUUGCCGUAUCAUCAAGCUUGGCAUGGUAAGGAGCUGGCUAUGAAGGAGAUUUAUGGUGAUA